CGGGCUCCGGGCUCCGGGACCGGCCGGCGGCUGCAGCCGGGGCUGCGGGCGGCGCUCGGGUGCCCUUCCCGAGGACCCCCGGGCGGCACAGGGGCCGGCACCCAGACCCCGGCCCGUGAACGAUGCCUAGGGGACGAGCCUGGACCCAGCAAGAGAUCAGCUGCCUCCUGGCUCUCAUCAAGGGCUCCGGGGAGGUGACGCUCCUGAUGGCCUCCACGUCCCGGCCCAACGAGGCCCUGUGGCGGGCGAUCUCCCAGGGGCUGGCAGCCGCUGGCUACAGCCGCAACGUGCCGCAGUGCCGCUCCAAGUGGAAGGCGCUCAAGCAGGCCUUCUACUCGGAGUGGGAGACCUGCCAGCAGGCUGGCGGCCACUCGCCACGCGUGCCCCCGCACUACAAGGCCAUGGAAAAGAUCUGGAAGGCGGCAGGACGGCCCGUCUUCGGGGAGCGGCGCCUCCCAGGGCACAUCCUCCACACGGAAAUCCCGGGCAGGCCACCGUCUGCACUGGGGCUGUGCACCAAGAGCGAGCCGGUGAGCCCAGCUCACAUGGACGCGGCAUCCCAGGGGCAGACAGCUCCCUCUCCUGUGCCAAUUCUCAUUGCAGACACCGGGCCCCCGUUCGCUCCCCUCCCCACCCUUGACUUCCACCCGGCCCUCGCUGCCUUCCCGCCACUGAAGCAGGAGAGUGCGGAACGGGAGGCUGAUUCUCCUGUGGAGUGCCAGGUGCCCGCGGGGCAGGGAGCAGGGGAGCGGGCGCUGCCAGUCACCGUCGGAGACCAAGGCUCACCUGAGACAACACCUGGCGGUGAGCACCCCCUGCUGGGUGACCAGGCCUCAGCUACAGACCUGCAAGGCCCCAGCGUGGUGAGCCUGCUCCAGACCAUGCAUCACCUCCUGGUGCAGAUCCUCCGCACCUCGCAGCAGCAGCAGGUGCUGCUGGAGAGCCUGGCCAGCGACACCAUCGCCCACCUCCACCUCAUCUCCGACAGCCUGGUGCAGGUGGGUGAGACCCUGCACGAGCUGCUGCUCCAGGCUCACGCCCGCUCCGCCAGCCUGCCCACCCCGCUCAGCCACACGCCCCCCCUCCUGCCCAGGGGGCCCCGCUCGCCCAAUUCCCCCUACCACAAAGCGGAGCCGGUGGGGUCAUCCGCCUCCGGAUUCCGCCCCCACCGGCUGGCCCCCCCGUGAGAGCCCCUGCAGAGACUCGGUGCACACCGCAGGUGCUGGGGGGCCACUGCCCCCUUUGUAAACAUGUACAGCGCUGGAGGAUUUUACAGAGCUUUCUAGCAAAGACCCCCAGAUAUUUUGGACAUUUUUAAUUUUUUUAAUAAAGGGU